GUUACGCACGCCCUUCUCUCUCUCUCCCGCGCCAUGGCUGUGGUGGAGAUCGGGAAAAUUUUCAACAUGCACCCAGAAAAACGCGGUUGUCCUCGAAAAGGUUUGAGAAACUUGUAGCUGAAGUGAUUUGCCACUCUGGAAGUUCUUCAAGGUAAAAUCUCUUUUAGUAAUCGAUGGGAAAGAAUUUGCGGGAGAAAAGCGUUUGCUCCCCUCUUCAGAAUCACCCGGGAUUCAUGUGGGGACUGUUUAACAUUCUUAAGCACAACCAUUGGCGGUACAUCAAGAAAAGACUUCCAUACAAGAGGGUUGUUGGUCGAAGACAUGAUGUUGAAACUAGAGAAGAAGGGAAUAACAUGGAACCAUCGACAGAUUGUGUUUCACCAUCCACGAGCAAGACUGAAGAUACCAGCUAUGUAGACUCUGAGCCAAAUCCCCGGGGAAAGCCCAAAAAGCCUAAUUCAGGGGAGAAGUCGAAAAAACAUAACUCAGAGGAGAAAUCUAAGAGACAUCAUUCAGAGGAAAAACCCAAGAAACAUCAUUCAGAGGAGAAACCCAAGAAGCAUCAUUCAGAAGAGAAGUCAAGGAAAACAAACUCAGAAAUUAAAAAGUCUGUGAAGGCCCUACUCAAGGCACUUGUAUUAGAUGACAAAUCUAAGAGGAGCAGCCACCAUCAACGAAGCUCUACCUACCCUGUCCAAUCGAAUUCCUUAGAGAGUGAGUCAUUCCGUCAUCUAGAAUCUUCAGAUGAGAAUUCCUCGAAUGAAGAUCAUACCAGAGUCUUUAACCAGACGGGCGGUGCCUCUCCUGCUAUUGGCUCAUUGAACCCGCUUUUUCUCAUGUCUGAGGAAUCAAGCUGUAGCGACAACGAUGAGUGUAAAGUAGAUGUAGAUGAAAAUGGAUCAGAUGUAAAAGAAAGAGAUUCCAAGAAGAAGAAGAAGAAGAAGAAGAGAGAUAAGAAAGCUUGGUAUGACCCGAAGUUGAUACACGACGAGGAACUUGUGGAGAAUGAUGAUGCAUCACCCCGUCGAUCAAAAGCAUGCCUAGAUGCACUUAAUCUGAUACACAUGAACAGAAAUUUCUUGUUAAAAGUUUUGCAGGGCCCGGAUUCUCCUUUAGCUCGGCAUUUCAACAGUCAGCACACUUCUAGUGCCAGAACAGUAUUAACUAAGGCUGGGUCCUUUCCUGUCCCCAGUUCCCCCGGAAAGAGAGAUUCUCAACCCAAAGAUCAUAAUGUCUUGCUUGCUAAAAGCAAUGGUAAUGAGAGAGAUUCAUCAGAUGGGGUUGACAAAAAAUUCCCUGCUCCUUCUAUAGCUGUGGAAUACAGAGCAGAUGGAAUCCAGAAGUUAAAUGACACAAUAGCAAAAUUUGCUGCUGAGGAUUCCUCGGGUCCUGGUUAUACGAGUAAGCGGGGAAAGAAUCAAGUGGUAGUCAAACGUUUCAAGGAUCUAAGACAGAAGAUAAGGCAUGUGAUCAAUGAGCACAAGAAUGAGAAACACCGUAUCACCAUGGAUGCUGUCCUUGACAAAGUCCCUCGUAAGUAUGGUUUUUCGAAGGACUUGAGACAAGACGUUUUUUAUCAGUUGAAGGGACCGUCUGUAGAUAGGAACCAAAAGGGGGAUUCAAAACUGAAGCAAAUAAGAAGAACAUCAUCACUAGGCGGAUCACUUGAUAGAUAUCUUCAGUUGUAUGAAUGCAGCUUCCAAAGAGAAGGGAAGAGCCAAAUUUCAGAAAAAUCGCAACCAGAGGCGGAGGAAUCAGUGUUGCCCUCUAGAGUUGCUCCUAAAAUACUGGGAAGGAUUCUUUCUUUACCUGAAAUGAAAUGUUACUCUUUUAAGCUUGAGGAAUCUUCUGAGAAGCAAGUCGGCGAAUUUGCUACUGCACGUACAUCAGAUGAGUUAGGACAAGAUGACUUAGUCUCGAUAGAUCAGCUGGACACGGCAAUAGAAAGUGAAGCAUCAGAGGAUACGGUUGAUGCUACAGAGCGAAAGCUGGAACUGGCAGCUGCUUCAGAUAGCGAGGAGGAAAAAGUAGAAACAGAGAUCGAUGACGAGUUGAUGCUUGAUACCGAGCUUCAACAUGAUCAUUGUAAGGAAACCACAACAAAAUCCUCAGACGAGUCAUCCGAAGAUAGUCCUUGCCUCGAGUGUUCAUUUUCUUUCGAUGAAGAUGCUCCGGAAGUUUCCAUCUCUCAAGAAAUUGAUGCAGAAACCGAAAAGCAGUUGGAAAGAGUAGCCAAUGAUGAAGAUGUCGAGGUAGAAGCAGAAGACAGAGCAGAUUUCAACUACGUGAGAGACAUUCUAGAAAUAUCGGGAUUCAGAACGAAAGAGUCACUCUCGACAUGGAACUCGGAUUACCAGCCGCUGGACCCAUUAGUCUACGAAGAAGUCACGACAGGAUGCAUGCUUGAAGAUCCAGAGUGUUGGGGAAACGAAGAAGGCGGGAACUGCUACCACUUGCUUCUCUUCGAUCUCAUCAACGAGGUACUGAUCGAGAUAUACGAGAGGUCUUACUAUUACAGCCCAAUGCCUUUAUCAUCACUGUGUAGAAUCCACCCAAUGCCGGCUGGAUACAGCGUGCUAAAGGACGUGUGGAUUAGGAUAAGCGGUUACUUGCGGUGGAAGCCAAUAGAAGGGCAACCGCUAGAUCAACUUGUGAGUAGGGAUUUGUCGAAAUCCGACGGAUGGAUGAACUUACAGUUUGAUAGUGAGUGUGUGGGGCUUGAAGUCGAGGACUUGAUCUUCGACCAGCUUCUUGAGGAGUUUCUUGUGAUGGAUUGAGUGUGCAUUGCACAACUCAGGGUUCCCCUUUUUUUUUUUUUUUUUGAAGAUUUAUUAUACUUUUUCUAUACUUUCAGAGGCAAAACACAUGAAAUUGUUGUAUGCAAUUUUUUUCCCCGUGCUACUCUGUGUAU